AGCUACAGCGGCAGAGGCGAACGCAUGCGCGCGGCGUCUCCGGCGUGUCCGGGCUGGAGACCCCCCCCUACCCCCGCCCCUCCGCACCCCCGCCCAGAGCCGCCGAAGCACCUCCGUGCGUUGCGCUGCCAGAGGCCGGGGCUGGCUCGCCGUGCUGCUCAGCGCCGCACCCCACCAGGUGGGCGGCAGCGGCGACGCACGCCCGGGCUCUUUACUGCCCGCCUCCAAUUGCAUUGCCCGCCCUAGCCCCUCACUGCCGCUGGCGGCUCGGGCUCGCCCGGGAUUGGCGAGUCGCGGAGCACUGGUACCCAGGGCGCUGCUGCCGGCCCUGCGCCCUCCCCGUCGAGCCGGGAGUCGUGCCGUCGCCCCUCGUCUGGCAGAGAGCUGGGUCCAGCGUCCAGCCCUCCGGCCUUUGCUUAGGGCCCCCACCCCGCAGAGAGAAGCGGUCCUACCGAAACCGGCCCGGCCCGGCCCGGCGGUGAGAUGAGCUUCUUCGGCUUUGGGCAGAGCGUGGAGGUGGAAAUCUUGCUGAACGAUGCGGAGAGUAGGAAGCGGGCCGAGCACAAGACGGAGGACGGGAAGAAGGAGAAAUAUUUCCUCUUCUACGACGGAGAGACGGUCUCCGGGAAGGUGAGCCUCGCACUCAAGAACCCCAACAAGCGGCUGGAGCACCAGGGCAUCAAGAUCGAGUUCAUCGGGCAGAUCGAGCUCUACUAUGACCGCGGGAACCACCAUGAGUUUGUGUCCCUGGUGAAGGAUUUGGCCCGGCCCGGAGAAAUUAGCCAAUCACAGGCCUUCGACUUUGAAUUCACCCACGUGGAGAAGCCGUAUGAGUCAUACACAGGCCAGAAUGUGAAACUAAGGUAUUUCCUUCGAGCCACCAUCAGCCGCCGCCUCAAUGAUGUUGUCAAAGAGAUGGACAUCGUAGUCCACACACUCAGCACGUACCCAGAGCUGAACUCCUCCAUCAAGAUGGAGGUUGGGAUCGAGGACUGUCUGCACAUUGAGUUUGAGUAUAAUAAGUCCAAAUACCACUUGAAAGAUGUCAUUGUAGGAAAGAUCUACUUCCUCUUGGUGAGAAUCAAAAUCAAGCACAUGGAGAUAGAUAUCAUCAAGCGGGAAACGACGGGCACAGGCCCCAAUGUGUACCACGAGAACGACACAAUAGCCAAGUAUGAGAUCAUGGACGGGGCACCCGUGAGAGGAGAGUCCAUUCCGAUCCGGCUCUUCCUGGCGGGCUACGAGCUCACCCCCACCAUGCGGGACAUCAACAAGAAGUUCUCCGUGCGCUAUUACCUCAAUCUGGUGCUGAUAGACGAGGAGGAACGGCGCUACUUCAAACAGCAGGAAGUGGUGUUGUGGCGGAAAGGUGACAUCGUACGGAAGAGCAUGUCCCACCAGGCAGCCAUCGCCUCACAACGCUUCGAGGGUACAGCCUCCCUGGGUGAGACUCUUACCAGUAACGUCCUGGAACAGAAGCCUCUGGAAGGGCCUUUGGCUCUUGUCCCCUCACCUGUGAGAAAUCCUGGGCACAGAGACACCCUGGGGUCAGGGUCAUGCAUGAAUGGCAGCAGAGUUGAACCCAGGAGGCCGAGCCGGGUCCACUGAGGAAGAAGUAUGGUGACUGUGCAUGGUGGCUGUCUGCCUUCGCCCCGUGACUGUGCUCCCCAGCCCCUGGGGCUGGAUGGUUCUAGGGUAUUGCUGUGUGCUACAGCAAGCCUAAACAAGGGCAUCUGUUUCCUUUAAGAGAUCCCGGGAAGGGGCCUUGAUCUCUUGGCUUCCCUAAGAAUGGAUCCUCAUCACUCCUUGCUCUCCCCCCAUUUAGUUUCUGGGAAUUGGGGCUUGGAAGUUUCUUACUGUUGCCCAUGUCCCCUCACUCUCUGAGUUCCAGGAGGGAGAUGAGAGCCUCAGCAGAAGACUCUGCUACACAACUUCAGAAUAAUUCAGCUUGCCAAAUUAUGUCUUCAUCUUCACCAGUUGACUGACCAGAGUUUAGGACCAUUGAUGUUUUUGUUUAAAAACGUAUAUAAAAACUCUUGUGGGUAUUCUUGUUACGCUAAAGGAGAAGGGGACAUCCCUCUGUUGCACUGUGAGUGGGCCUAUUGGAGUAAAGGUGUUGACAUCCUUUUCUGCCUCAUCUGGAAAUGACCUGUGGGCCUCCCUUCCCUUCAAGCAGACCCCACUGGCCAGUAAGUACAAUAUUUGGUGGUCCAAGUUGUCCGUAAUUGGGAAAGCAGAGGGGUUGGUUCCUGUGUCAUUCUUUAGUGUGGAAAAUUUGGACUCCUCUAUUCCUCAGAAAUCAGUGCAGUCAUGGGCCUCUGACUGGGCAGGGCUCCUGCGUCAGGACUGUGACUGGUGGAAAGGAUACUGGGAUGACACUUGAGGUUGACUGGGGACAGCAGAACCAAGGAAAGUAAGGUGGUUCCCCCCCAUGCUGGACCGAGUACAGGUGCGACGGACAAUCCCAUGGGAUCAGGAUUACUCAUCCAGCUGCCCCUGGAUUAGCAAGGUUGGGCCUUAAGUGUAUGGGGGAGGCAGGUUCUGUGUUCCUUGCCUUUUCCUCAACAUGAGAUGAAGCUCUGGUGUGCCUCCCAUAAGAGCUGGUAUUCUAACUAAAAGGACCUGUUAAUUCCUCUGCCUCCCAACUGACAACCCAAAUUCAUUUUCCAACUUUCCUAACAUCUUAAACCUUUCUUCUGGGAGAACUAGAAGGUAGAAUUUGAUUUUAUUCUCUCAGGAGCUGUGCAUAAGCCAGGUCUUCUGUUUUCCCUCACUCUGCCCCCAUUCACUCCUUGUCUGUGCAACUGUGGAGGUGAGGGGAGGCCCUGCCCCCACCUUUACAGGUCCUCAUACCUGGGAGUGCAUAGGUACUAAACCAAGCAGUGCAACUUGUAAUUAAGCAGCUGCAGUGUUUACAUGUUUCUUAAUGUGUCGUCUUUUCAAUGGCUGUAUUUAAAAAAAAAAAACACUUGUUUCAGUUGUCUCUGAUUAAAGGAAGCCCCUGUGGCUUGGAGGCAUUGUGCCCAUGGUCCA